AUGCCACUAGUAGUACACAAAACGGAUGGCAGUCCACCUGUCAGGGCUGUACUCAUGACGAUUGAACUUCUCAAACUCGAAGCAGACUUUGUUAGUCAUAAUACUCUAAAGGGAGAUACUAGAAAACCUGAAUACGUUGCAAAGAACCCAAUGCAUACAGUACCAUUGCUUGAAGACGGAGAUUUCAUUCUUGCAGACAGUCACGCUAUUAUAACAUACCUAGUGUCCAAAUAUGGUGGUGAAAAACAAAAGGAUCUGUAUUCUAAUGACUUAAAGAUAAGAGCUACAAUUGAUCAGCGUAUGUACUUCGAUGCUGCAGUAAUAUUCCCGAGAUUUAUUUCCAUAAUAUACACAGUUUUUAUAUAUAAAGCACCAGAGCCUACGCCACAGCAAGUUGAAGAUGUUAAAGAAGCGUAUGGAAUUUUAGAAAGGUAUCUACAGAAGUCCGAGUAUGUAGCUGGAAAUAAUAUAACUGUGGCAGAUAUAUCGAUAGUCGCUACAAUAUCAACGCUUGAUGCAAUGAUUCCAAUUAGUGAUGAAUUCCCAAAAACUAUUGAAUGGCUGAAUAAGUUGAAAGAAACUGAAUUCUACAAGAAGGCAAAUGAACCUGGUUUGGCGGUUAUUUCAAAUGCAUACAAACUAAUGGUUAAGCAGAGAUCAUCGUAACCUUAUUUCAAUAAAUUUGUGUUUUAGUAGUUAUAGUGCUUCU